AUGAGCCACUACGCCGCGCUCCAGGUGCCCGAGACAGCCAGUGCUGACGAGAUACGGAGAGCCUUUCAGGACAUCGCCCUCAGGUGCCAUCCGGACAAGGCGGGGGCCGACGAGGACGUGGCCGCGCGGUUCCUUUCUGCACAGGCGGCGUACGAAGUGCUCCGGGACGCGGACAGGAGGGCCGCGUACGACAAGGAGCUCAGGUCCGAACGGAGGAGGGAAGACGUCGCAGUUUCCGACGAGCUGGACCUGGACGAGAUGGACGAGGCGGUGGAGGGCGGGGCGGCCGUGUGGCGCAGUCCGUGCCGGUGCGGCGACUGUUUCGAGGUGGCGGAGAGCGACCUGCAGCCCGACGCGAGCAACCUGCUCGUGCAGUGCGGGAGCUGCUCGCUGUACGUCCGCAUCCACUACACAGUCGCGUAG